AUGAUAAAUGCUUCAAGCCAAUUCUACAAAGAAGAUGACAGAAUCCCUUACUUAAGAGAUAAUUCUUACCUAUAUGGUGAAAGACCACUAAAUCUCCAGCCUGAGCCGCUUGAACCAGAAAUCUUUGAAUCUUUUAGGCCAACAGAAAAAGCAAUCCCUGAGCCUCACAUUUCUAAACCAAUGGAAGAGCUUUCUAUGAAUGUAUAUGCCAACUAUAACUAAAAUACACAUCUUUAUAAUCUAUUUCUUAUAAUAAAUAAAUAGUAUUAUUCUUAUUUUUAUUUAUUUUAAAUGGCAUAUCAAGAUAUUGAUCCUUCUCCCAGCUUAAAUUAUUCCUAUACUUACAAACAUCCAAAGGUCAAGCAGCUCUCAGAAUUAAUUGAACCUUUUGAAAAAACUUCAUAUGAUAGAACCGAUUAUGAAACAAAUAGAGAAAACACUGAAAAUGAAUGAGAACAGCUAGAAAACAGGAUCGAUAAUUUAAAAAGAAAAAUCCUAUUGCCAGGCCACAGGUCUAAAAGUAAAUCUUUAAGGACAACAUCAUGUUUAGAGAUUUCAAAAGAUUUAAAUAGAGAUCAAGUGAAAAAAAGCACAAUGCGGGAUCUUGGGGCAACAAAAUUUUCAAAUUUAAGUGAGACCAGAAAUUUGGCUAAAAGAAAAGCAAAAAAUGUGAUUGUUGAAAAAGGGAAAAAUAGAAAUUUGUCGACGUUUAGUAGAGAAAUGGAUAGAAUGGACACUUUUUCGGCCAGUGAAGAAUAUGUGAGAGGGCUAGUUGAAAUAAUGAAAAAGCAUGCUAAAAAGUACCCAGGAUUGAAAGAUGAUAUUGUAUUGCUUAAUAAAAAAUUCAUAGCAUCAAAUAAAGCCUAG